GAUUCCAAAUCUCUAAUUACCUGUUUCUAUCCUUUACUAAAGUCUUGAUAACUACCCUUAAAAAUCUUGAACUCAAGGUUUAAGUUUCAGUAAUUCACAAGCAUACCUGCUAAACAUAAGCCUAAAUCCAAAAAAACAAUCUUUUUAUGGAACCCAUCAACCAUUUUGGGUUUUCAUUCAACAAUAUCCAUCAAAAACUACCAAUUCGCCAGUUUUCACAAGCAGCCCGUGUUGAGGAACAACACCAACUCUUGGCAGAAGAAUCAUGGGAGCUGUUGCAGCACUUUGAUGAUCAGGUUUAUCCUUCUGGUAUGGCUACUUCUGUAGAUUCCAUGGAGGAGUACCAAUUUGUUGACAGUUUCUUUAACAUUGAUCAUAUUCACCACGGUGAAUUGCCAUCUUCACCCGAGGAGAAUCACCUAGAUCAGCUGUUUGACUCAUUCUUGCAUGAUGUUGACCUUAACUCUUUCUUGAUGCCCAAUGAUCCUAUGCUGAUCCAAGAAGAGUAUGACUUGAUUGAUAUGAGCAGCUCGUGUGAAGAUACUGCUUUUGUUUCUUCACUGUCGUCAUCUUCAUUAUCUGAUAUUUCCAUUCAGCCCAUCUACGAUAAUAGCACAACCACCUUCAUAACAUCCACAAUAGAGGAUCAAGAUCAGGAUCGUCUGAGGGUGAAUGGUGUUGAUGAUGGGCUUCAACUGGUGCACUUGCUCUUGGCAUGUGCAGAGGCAGUGGGUUGCAGGGACACCCAACUCGCCGAUUCAAUCCUAUCCAAGAUUUGGUACUCAGCGAAUCCUUUGGGCGAUUCUUUACAAAGAGUAUCAUAUUUUUUCGCUAUGGGGCUGAAAUCGAGACUAUCCCUUUUGCAGACCAAUGUGAAUGCAAACGGUACCAUCUCAAUAUCAAAUGGUUGGGGGAGGGCGACACUUCCCACAGAUAUCCAAAGAGAAGAAAAGAUUGAAGCUUUUCAUUUGCUACAUCAAACCACACCAUAUAUAAAAUUUGGAUUUAUUGCAGCAAAUGAAGCCAUAUUUCAAGCAGCAAAAGGGAAGGAUUGUUUGCACAUUAUUGAUUUGGGAAUGGAACACACGUUACAGUGGCCUUCACUGAUAAGAACCCUAGGUUCAACCACGGAUGGAGGAGUGUCGCCAAAGCUCAUCCGGAUCACUGGAAUUUUAGGAGAUCGAGGAGAAAUGAUGGAGUUGGAAUCGAGUAUGAAGGAGACCAUAGUGGCUGAAGCAAAUUCUCUUGGAAUUGAAGUAGAGUUUCGGCUGAUUUCUGGACCAGCCACGCCAGCCAUGUUAACUAAAGAAAACCUAAGGUUGAAAGAAGGAGAACCGUUGUUUGUAAACAGCAUACUCCACUUGCACACGUAUGUAAAGGAGAGCAGAGGGUCCCUGAAAACUAUACUCCAGGCAGUCAAGAAGUUGGGACCCACACUGCUAACGGUGGUGGAACAAGAUGCAAACCAUAACGGGCCGUUCUUUCUUGGGAGGUUUCUUGAAUCGUUACAUUACUACUCGGCUAUAUUUGAUUCACUAGAGGCAAGCAUGGGCAGAAACAGCAUCGAGAGACUGAAGAUCGAGAGGAACCACUUUGCGGAGGAGAUAAGAAACAUAGUGGCGUAUGAGGGAACAGAGAGGGUGGAGAGGCAUGAGAGAGCUGAUCAAUGGCGGCGGCAGCUAGGGAGAGCAGGGUUUCAGGUGGUGGCCGGAGUGAAGGAGCGGCAAGCAACCGCCAUGAAGAGUGUGAGCGGUUGUGAUGGAUAUACAGUGGGGAAUGAUCAGAAAGGGCAUGUGUUGCUUGGUUGGAAAGGGAGACCUAUAAUGCUUGCCUCCACUUGGCAACCUAGCUCUCCGUCCCCCUCCUAGCCCCCAUAGGCUGCCAGUUCGUAUCUCUUCAAGGCCACUGAGG